AUGUCUGUCCAAUAUGACUCUGCGGAAACCCUGUUAAACGCUACCUGGGUGGCUGUUCUACUGAGCGAACGAGAUGUCGCUGGUCAAAUUCCUCUUAACUAUGUGACGAACCCUGCUGUAUCACUGUCGACUGCCUGCUUCGGAAACGGCAUCUAUGAUCGAGAAGACGCUGCAAAAUGUUUCUCCAACCUCCUCUCAAUCGGGUACCGACGUCUUGUUGUCGAUCUAUAUUGGUCAGUCAACCGUAGGACUUGGUCUUUCUGCCCAGUUUCUGUUCCAGUCAAAUCUGGAGUGGCUGUAUCCUCAGAUAUCUCCAAUACAACUACAGCAACAGCUAGUGCGGACCCUGCGACUAUCACCGGUAAUGAUGAUUCACAUGGACACACUCUCUAUGAACUAGGCUCGUACAAGUGCACCGACGACAUUGAUCCAUACACCUUGACGGACGUACUUGUCGGUUAUUUCCGAGACACAAACUCCCGUUUGACCGUCUACACGACCUAUCUCGUUCUCAAUCUCCAUGUCGCCGCAAGUGACUCCACCCCAGAUGAGCCUGCUUCUACCAUAUCAGGAGGUCAAUUGCCAUCGGGAACUGAGCUAGCCGGCUCAAUCCUGGGAUCUGCCCUUGAUGACUUUAUUUAUAGCCCGGCUCAACUUACCUCGGACCGAAGCAAUUUAAACCAAUCAUGGUAUAAGGUUGAGCAGGGCUAUAUGCCCAUCACGGAGUACUUCACCGUUCAUGAAAAUGAAGCAGGUGAACAGAGUACCCCAGAUGGCUGGCCAUCAUCAAAGUACAUCCAGCUUGCGAAACGCGAUCGAGUGCUCAUUGAGUAUGGCUCUAUCGAUUCCCAACUGGUGGAUUACGAUCUGUCUACCGGAGAAAAUUUGGUCUUUCCUCCCGGAACCCUGACUUCUAGUGUGGAGGUAUCUGCAACCACCAACGGCACUCUCACUUCAGGCUGUCUAUAUGAACCUGGUCUUACACGCGUGUCUCAAACCAACUCUUCAUGGGCUAUAUCCAGUGGCAUCCCUGUCCCUGAUGGUCUUUCCACGGAUGAGACGAUGGCUUCGCUAUCGAAUGUUCUCUCUGACGUUACAGCUUGUGGUCUCUCGCCAACGCUCAACACCACCCUCUUCGGUCAGACUGCAGACCAGCAAGUUGAACAUUACCGUAAUGUCUCUCUCUCUUCUUCCUGGGCUUGGGCAAUUGGCGAGCCACACGAUGCGAAAUAUGGUGGCGGCGAUGGUGAUCCCAAGUAUGACCGCUGUGCGAUCAUGGAUCUAACCCUGGGAGGCCACUGGCGAUCCACGAACUGCACUGAUCAGCGGCAUGCCGCCUGUCGAAUCGGUAAUUCGCCUUUCUCCUGGGUGUUAUCAGACACGACCGAAUAUUUCUCCAACGUGUCGGACACUUGUCCACCAGGAUCAAGCUUCGCUGUACCACGCACCGGUCUCGAAAACACGUAUCUCUACAAUUACCUUCUCUCUCUGCCAGAGACAAAAGUCGACCUGAGUUCCACGGAUCCCGCCCGUCGAGAGGUCUUUUUGGACUUCAACUCAAUAGAUGUUACUUCCUGUUGGGUAUCCGGUGGUUAUGGGGCGAAGUGUCCCUAUGCCUCCGACCCACAGCAGCUCGAGCGCAGAACUGUCCUUGUCGCCGCAAUUGCGGGAAUCAUCAUUCUUAUUAUCACAGCUCUGACUUUCUUUGUCAAGUGCAACGCCAAUCGCCGGAAUUCCCGACGCAGAAAGCGUGUCAUCGAAGGAUGGGAAUAUGAAGGUGUUCCCUCAUGA